AUGCGUUGCGUUGCAAAGCACAUUACUCUACGAAGCAUUACCUGCGGAAACCAGCCGCAUACACGCCGCAUCGACGCGUCUGAGGCCGCAAUCACAUAUCCCAGGCUCAAAAUGACGCUCAAGGACCUACUGAAAAAGAAGGACAAAGUCAGAGACGAGGGGAACGUCGCAGAGCAAGGGCCCACGCUGAGCCCAGAUGUGCCAGAAUUCCAAUUCUACCGCACCACAACCACAACGCACGAAUCCAUCGAGCCUCCCGCCUUCCCCGGCGACCCUACGCGCGCGUCGCAACCCUUCCUCUCCCCCGCUCCAGAACACCGAGGCUUCAAAGGCAGAUUCAGGCGGCACAGCAAUGCAGCGGAAUCGGGGGGCGGACAGGACAACGAGAAGGGCGGACACAGGCUACACUUUGGCCGCACGCGCAGCGCCUCCAGCGUCAACGUGCCAGAGAAUUUACCAGCUGUAACAGGCGACGGCGUCGCGCGCAACGAGGAAGAAGAAGCAAAUUGGGAGAAGCGCGCCACGGUGCUGAUAUCAGGCAACACGGUGCUGAAGAGCGGGGCAAACACGCCCACCAUCGAAGUUAGCGAUCCUCUGGCGCCGGCACAACAGCAAGGUGGGAGGAGUAGAAGUGGAAGUCACAGCGUGAGCGCCGCCCCAGAUGAUGCGGACAUCCAGGAGGCGAUCCGGCUGCACGAGGCCGGCGACUUCGCGGCCAGCACGAAGAUCUUCGGCAAACUUGCCGACCCAAACGGCGCGAAUAACGCACUUUCUCAGGUCCUCUACGGCCUUGCGUUGCGCCAUGGUUGGGGCUGCGAGCCAGACAUGUCGCAAGCCGUGCGCUACCUCUCCGUUGCGGCGUCGAACAGCGCGGAAGUAGAAAGACUGGCGCUGCAGGCAGGCAUGAAAAAGGGCGGUGCUGCGAAGGGGGAGUUGGUCAUUGCGAUGUUUGAGCUGGGCAAUUGCUUUCGGUAUGCAUGGGGCACGAAGAAGGAUCCGGUGGCUGCGAAGCAGUAUUAUGAGACGGCUGCGAAUUUGGGGGAUACGGAUGCUAUGAAUGAGGUGGCCUGGUGCUAUGUGGAAGGCUUUGGGACGAAGAAGGAUAAGGUACGUUCAGAGCUUUUCUUUCUAUCGCGUGUCUCCGUCCUUUUCUCGACAAGUCUUCCGACGUUGCCAUUGCCAGCUUGCCUACUGCGUGUCUUGACGGGGGCGUCAUUGUCGGUGUAUGGGAAAAUCAUUCAUUCCCUCCCCCAUAUUCGGACGUCCUCGUCACCGUAUCAAAGAGUCACCUCCCGCUCCUCAACCUCACGCUCAAGCCUCCGCCCCUCAACACUUCUCUCUCCUCAGUCUGUUGGGGAACCUCAGCGCCCGAAUGCAGUUCAAGCAAAUUAG